GCGGGAGGCCCGGAGCGCAGCCAUGGGGUCUGUAUCCUUCGAGGAUGUGGCUGUGAACUUCACCUCAGAGGAGUGGGCUUUACUGAAUUCUUCUCAAAAGAAGCUACACAGAGAUGUGAUGCAGGAAACCUUCAGGAACCUGGCUGCCGUAGCAAAAAAGCAGGAAGAUCAGACCCUUGAAGAUGAUUAUGAAAAUUUAAGGAAAAUUCUUCCCACUGAAGUUCAGACUGGAUACAGUCUAUGUGAGAAUCAAGAAUAUGCCGAGAAACAAGGCACUUACAAGGACUGUUGGAAAGUCUAUAGUCCUCCACAGUGCUUUCUGGAACAUCUGAAGACUCACACAGAAGAGGAACCUUCGAAUGUAAGCAAACUGAGGACGGUUUUAGUGGACACCGUGAUGUUCAUGGCCAUGAAGGAAUGCAUGUUAAAGAAAAACUUUGUGUUUUAAAGCAGGGUGGGAAA